GGUAUGAGCACCCUGGCCAACGUCCUGAAGAAGGCCUCAGAGCAUGCCGACGCCACCUCGUUCCCCGCUGCCAAGCUCUACGAGGACAUGCUGCCACUGUCCUUUCAGGUCCAGAGAGCCUCCAACACGGCCAAGAGCUCCAUCACGCAGCUGACGGGCGUCGAGACCGAGGCCUGGGAUGACAGCGAGAAGACGCUCGACGAACUGAUCGCCCGGUGCGAGAAGACCGUCAGCUUGCUCAAGGGCGUCGACGCCAAGCCGGUUGAAGGCAGGGAAACCGCCAAGGUGGAGCUGAGCUUGGGGCCAGCGGGCACGAGGCAGCUCACAGGCAAGGAGAACAACUUGGCCUUCGUCCUCCCGAACUUCUUCUUCCAUCUCCAGACGGCGUAUGCCAUCCUGCGCAUGAAGGGUGUUCCGCUGGGCAAGGGGGACUUCUUGGGGCCGUUCAUGCAGCCAGAUGCUUGA